CGCAAGCUCCGGGAGAGAAGUUCCUACACCGCCUGGGCUGGAGGAGACAGAAUGGAGACCGCGAUCGAAGAUGCGGGACUGGACCGCGGACCGACGCUAACCUCGUCCUGGGAUGCGGCGUGCGGGACGCUGACCCAAAGUCUAUUUCUUACCCGGACUGGGCCACGUGCCCAAGACUUGGACUUCGAGCAGCUGCUGGCGCCGCCAGCUCAGGGCCCGGAUCUGGUGAGUCUGAAAAGCAGCUUGAGUCCCCGAGAUGAAAACCCCUGCUUCAUUUACCUGAAGUGUGGGCCUAAUGGGGGUGAAGAAAUCCUUUCAGUUGGCAUUCUGAGUUCAGCAAGAAACAUGGAAGUAUACUUAGGAGAGGAGUAUUGUGGAACCAGUCGAGGCAAGAAUGUCUGCACUGUCCAGGAUAACAGUGAACAUGAAAAGAUCUUAUUGUACAAAAAAUACCUAAAAUUGGAGUCUCCCACACAUGCCUGUAAAAUAAAGUUGUUGUCCUUCGGUGAAGAGCAGUGUGUGCUCAUCAGUAAAGUUGUGGUGCACUUGAGACCAAGGUCUGCAAAGCCUUCACCAAGCUCUCCUGCUCUGGGAUCACGGAUAGACCUCGACAAUAUCCAAACCAUAAUGGAGUCCAUGGGGUCCAAGUUGUCCCCUGGAGCUCAGCAGCUGAUGGAUAUGAUUAGGUUCCAGCAGCAGAAUUGUCUUCCCAUCGGGGAUCAGCUUCAGUCGGUGUUGGGAACUGCAGGACACAAGCAUCUGAUGGCGCUGCAGUCUUCACCGUCUUCAGGAGUCGUAGACAAGGCAUCCUCUACACCUUUUCCUUUUAGAACUGGAUUGACACCUUCAGCCAUCACUGAAAAUUUAAAGGCUCUUAUUGAUAAAAGCACACAACUGUCCGGAGAAGGAAAUACCACAAACCACAAUGAGUGUCACCUUAUGCCACAAAACCAUUCCCUUGAAAGUGAUCUUAAAAACGCAGUGUCUUCUUUCUUACCAAAGAAGGCAAGUGGCAGCUCAAGUGUGCCCAACUCUGAGUUGCUGCCUUUUCUCCAGAAUUUAUGUAGUCAGGUCAACCACCUCCGUGUGGGACAUAAUGCCAGGUGGCAAGAAAACGUCUCCAAGCCCCGAGAGGGCACGGUCGGUGUUCCGACAUGGCACAGUGGUAGCGUCAGUUGUGGUACUAGCAGGGAGUGGGACCCACAGGUGGAUGGCCAGAAGCACAGAGGAGGCUUGGCAGCUCAGCUGAGGAAGACUUGUAAGGUGGUGCUGAGCCAGUGUGUUCUCCACAGGUUGGAAGAACAGCCUGUUUGCUCCUACUUGGAAAAGAUUCUUUCUAAAAACAUGGAACUCAUGGAAAAGAAGCUUAUGAACCACAUUGAUGAGAGGAUCUAUCAGCUCCAGGAACACAUAGACGCUAAAAUGGCUUUGUUAGUGGACCUGCUGCGAAGCCCCAACUCUCCGUCCCCAGGCAUGCCUCUAAGACACUAUGACUCCAGAGAGAGACUUUCCAACGGAGAGAGAUAAGCUGUGCACAUACACUUAUUACAGAUAUUUAUUACAUAUUUAUUACAAAGCCAGAAUCCAAAAAGGUUAUGAAAAUCGUCUUCAGUGUCCUUUGAAGGCCGUUGUCUUCCAGGAAGUGACCUCAGUGCUCGUUUGCAUUGCGCUUGUUCCUGUAGAUUGAGGUCUGUGCCAGCAGCUGUCCUGACCUGGUCUCUAGUUACUCUGCUUGCAAGAUUUCUCACUCUUACAAAAAUGUGUACUUGUUGCUCAACUGUUUCAGAUGUUUAAGGACUUCUAACAGUUUGUUAGUUUGUAUUGUAUAUUACGUGUGUUUGAAGUGAAUUUUUUAUUUAUUCAGAUACCUGUAAAAUAUAGUCUCAGGAGUAUGAAAAGUAAUGCUAAGAUAUUCAAUUUUUUUCUAAUUAUUUUUGGAAAGUUGUAUAUUUAGACUCUUUCUUUCAGAUUACCAGUUUACAUUUCCUGUUGUUGGUCUGAGAUGGAAGUGUGCCGCGCUCAGGCUGUCGAGACAGUUUACGCUCAGCUACACACGGCGGGGUUAGUGCUGCUCGUUCCUUGCCCUGCAGCUGGAGAGUGUUCAUUCUCAGUCUUAGCAUGUCAGGCUUGGUGCUGUAGGUAAAAUGGAAGGAGAUUCUCUUUUGGAACUGACAGGUUCUUCUUGCAGAGGCCUUUCUAGCAUUUAUAAUGUGUGACAUUCUGGGAAUCUAAAAUGAGCGUUAAGAUAUAUGAACCCAGGGGACUGCAGUCCCCAGCAGACUGUCUUCAGAACUUCCCUGUUACAUGCGUGUUGGUGAUACAGCUGUGCCUAAAGGGAUUGCUCUGAAGACCACCUGUAAGUGAAUAGAACUCUUCAGCUAAGUUGAUUAAGUUGUUUCUUUUUUUUAAAAGGGGGAUAAUUUAUACUUGUCCAUUGUUUUGACAAACUGUUGAUUUUGAUCACAUAUUCAAGGUGACACAGCAUAUAGGACACACUACACUUUGGCUAUCUUUGGUGGGCCAAGGUUAGGAUAGUUAAACCACAUGCAGAUGUAAGAUGUCAUUUCCUGCAAUGAGGAGAGAUCCACUCACGCAUGGCUCCAGUCCUUGGUGGUGCAGCUUUUGGUAGUUGUGGUUCCUCCCUAACUUACAGAAUGCCCUCCUUGACUCAGUACUGCCCUCUGGCUUCAUAAAUCAUCAAAUGGGGCUCCCUAGAUCUGCAGGAUGGGAUCGUACCCCUAAGUGAAGGCCUCGAAACUGUAUUUAUUUCUGCCUGACACACCUUUCCAGCCUCACCUCCACAGCCAAUCUCUGUGUUCUCAUCUCUGAUCCUUGUGACAUGGGGACUGAGCAGGGAGCAGAAUGGGGCCAAUGGGAAGAACUUACAGAAAAGCAAGAAGUGUAAAAAAUGGAAACACAGUUGAUAAACCAUACAGUGUCUCUCAUAGAGUAACAUGGCCCCUCUGGGAAAUCCUGUGUCAGGGUGGGAAUAGCCUGAAGGACAGCCUCCUGCCGGGAAAGAUGGCUCACAGUCUGACAAGCUGCUUCACAGUUAAGUCUAUGCACACACCUAUGCUUGUCUCCCAGCUUGUUUUAUCUUUUGUGUAGAUUGUAUCACUGCUAUAGGAAAAGGGGGAGAACGGAACACCUCCCCACCCCCACACUCCCCAAUUCUGACAAAGACGAUAAACAAACCCAUUUCCUUU